UUGGUUACACACGUGGCAGCUCGUUAACUGUUCUAGUACUGUGCGUUUACUAGAACAGUGUAACUUCCGCCAUCAUUUUAAACUCCAACGCUGCUUAACUCAUUACCAGUAGCACCGAUCCCUUAACCGUAUUUUAACCGUAUAACAUACUAUCGUACAUCACAGGAAUUUUGAAAAAGAUCAUAUUUUUCAUUUUUGUAUGGCACUGCUUUGUCGGCCAACUGCAUCCUGCGGAAAGUGUCCACCCCAUGUGCGCGCCCCACCCGUUCGGUCAAAUGCCCCACUGUAGAAAUCAUCCCAAAGAAGCAAAAUUUUCUCUUUUGCAAAACAUUUGAACGCAUUUGGUGGCAAGUCUGUGCUCCAUCCAGGGAGGUUGGAAUAGAUGAUAGAAGGGAAAUAAAGUAUUAGUUUAAUCUGAACCAGGUAUAACUACUGCGAGUUAUUUCAGACUAUUAACUCAGAAAGAUAGUACUUUUACUUGUAGUAGUAGAAAGGAAAAGGAAGGCUAUGCUCAAAUAUCAAAGUCAUUAAUAAUUGAGCAACUUCCCUAUUAAUAUUUUCAUAGAGCAGACAAAGAUACUUUGGACAUCAAUAAUGUGCGUGCCUUUCCCAUUACAGUGACUUGACGGAAUAUUCAAUGUUACAAUGUACUUGCCUUCUGUUUUGGAUUAGAUCCAAGAAUUUUAGUGGAUUCAGUUAUACAGCAGGUCUGCAGCUAUCCUAGCUGUACUGCCAUAACUUAUACGGGAUUAGUGCUUAGUUAUAGUUUUAAUUUAUUUCAACUCAGUGUUUCAACUUUCAAUGAAGCAAUCAUCAUUGCCCGAGCUGUGGUGCUGGGCAUUUAUUUUUCUGGGUGCCUACCAUUGUUUAGUAGAUGCAAAUCAAGAGCAUGAUCGGAUAACAUACUUGCCAGGUCAACCAACAGGCAAUGUUGGAUUCAAUCAUUACUCAGGCUAUGUGACCGUGAAUGAGACUGCCGGGCGGGCACUUUUUUACUGGUUGAUCGAGUCACCAGCCAGUAUAAAUCCUGAAAAAAGGCCACUCAUUUUGUGGCUCAAUGGUGGGCCCGGCUGCUCUUCCGUUGCUUAUGGUGCUGCUGAAGAGAUUGGGCCAUUUCACAUCAACCCUGAUGGGAAGACUCUUUACCUCAAUCCUUAUUCUUGGAACAAGUUGGCAAAUUUGCUGUUUCUUGAGUCUCCAGCUGGUGUGGGUUUCUCGUACUCAAAUACAACCUCAGAUUUGCAAACCGGGGGUGAUAACAAAACUGCUGAAGAUGCAUACACAUUUCUUCUUAAGUGGUUUGAUAGGUUCCCUCAAUACAAGCAUAGAGAUUUUUACAUUGCUGGAGAAAGUUAUGCAGGGCAUUAUGUUCCACAGCUAUCUCAAAUUGUCUACCAAAAAAACAAGGGAAUCAAGAACCCCACUAUUAAUUUCAAGGGCUUCUUGGUGGGGAAUGCAGUAAUUGAUGAUCACCAUGACUUAAUUGGCACAUUUGAAUAUUGGUGGACGCAUGGUUUAGUCUCAGAUUCCACAUACAAGUUUCUGCAAAAAGCUUGUGAUUCAGGAUCUGCUACACAUCCUUCAGAAGAUUGUAUCACGGCUCUUAAUAUUGCCCAACAUGAGCUGGGAAAUAUUGAUCCUUAUAGCAUAUACACUCAACCCUGUGCUAAUGCUUCAUCGCUUAGGCACAAUUUGAGGGGUCAUUAUCCAUGGAUGUCCAGAGCUUAUGAUCCAUGUACUGAGAGGCACUCUGAAGUUUACUUUAACCUACCAGAAGUGCAGAAGGCCUUUCAUGCCAAUGUAACUCAAAUUCCCUAUCCAUGGAGCACAUGCAGUGAUGUUGUUAGUAACUACUGGGGAGAUUCUCCUGUAUCAAUGCUUCCUAUUUAUAGGGAGUUAAUAGCUGCUGGACUCAGGAUAUGGGUAUUCAGUGGGGACACUGAUUCUGUGGUUCCAGUAACUGCAACUCGGUACUCCGUUGAUGCAUUGGAGCUUCCAACAAUUACGAACUGGUACCCUUGGUACGAUAAUGGAAAGGUCGGGGGAUGGAGCCAAAUAUACAAAGGGUUGAGCCUUGUGACUGUAACUGGGGCAGGGCAUGAGGUACCAUUACAUCGCCCACGGCAAUCUUUUAUUCUGUUGAGGUCAUAUCUGGAGAACAGACCCAUGCCAAGCUCAUAACCCAUUCAUUCUUUCAUUUAUCACAAGCAUCCAAUGCCAAAGGUUUGUAUUUUAUGUAUUGUUUCGAAAUUGCCAAAGAAGACUGAUCACAAAUCCAACAAUGUUCCAUUUACAGUGAAUUUUAGAUUACUUAUUAUAUGUGCUGUCAUUGAAUUUUAAUUGACAAAAUGUAAGUAAUCUAUUUAUUUCUUGGUGUAUAUGAAGAAGUGAUUCAACUCUGUUCAAUUUCGGAAUGAUGAAAAGUGAUUCAUUUUAACAAGGUCUUAGAAAAAG